GUUAGAAAUGGACCUUUUAAUAUUUACAUGUUGAAUGGAGAAUAUAAGAUUAUAUAAUAUAGAGCAAAAUGUGUUCUCAGACCUUUAUGAGAAUAGUACAAACUAUCCUCGUGACAGGGUGCUUAAGCGCUGCCCUAGCAAUGUUCUUCAUAAUCGGUUUUUCGAUCACCGUCGUCCUGGUGGUCUGCACAAGCGUCAUCUUUCUGCUCGUGCUUUUUUCGGACCUGAUACUGCGAUGUCGUUCUUGCUUCAUUGGCGAGCACGUUUGGGGCUAUUUUGCCUGCGGUGCCUUCUUGGAGUUCAUGACUUGUGCAUGUUUGGCGUUCGCCAGUUUAAACUUAAACGAGGCGUACGUCGAGGAACACAAAGAUCACUUCGACAAGGAAGACACAGAUAACGGCCAUCAUCACCAUUACAAUCUGUUUGUUGUCAUUUUAAGCCUCGGCAUCUUCUGUUUGGCCACCGCCAUUUGUUUCUUUUACGAUAUAUUUGCGUUACUACUCAAAAUGUGGGUGGUUUGUCGAUACAGAGUUGAUUGUCUUUGCGAUAAUUCUUCGAGAGCAACAUAUAGUGUUGGUUCACCAGGCGUUUGUAGUAACAGAUCUGUGAACAGAAUUUAUCCGCAACAUCCACCACUGAAACCUUGUCAACCACCCCAACUUUGUACAGCUUUCGACUCAAAGAAUAGAAAAGAACAAUCGAUUCCAGCGGUGUGUUCGAGACCAGACAGUUCAAAAACGAAAGUUUCGUAAGUCAAACCAUGUUUCAACGAUUCCCAUUGAUAAUGGAAUAUCUAAAUGAUCUCCGAACCUAGUUUUGUAAUAUGAAUAUGAAGAUGUGAAUGAACCAAAUGGAAGUAAAAAACUGGUAAUCUGUUGUUUCACCAUUAAAAAAAAGAGUCCGUUAAGAAAUUUAUAAGUAAUUUCGUUCAAAGGUUAACAAAAAUGGCAUUAUGUAAUAAUAAUUCCGUUUAUAUAACUGUUAUGUAAUAGACUGUAUAAUAAAAUGUUGUGCAAAGUUG